CCGCACACGACCACAACAGCGGUGACACGACCCUCUCAAACGGGUUGUAUGUCAAUGGAGGACUCUGUCGUGCUGUAGAGUGUGGUUGUUGUGGUUGCUGGUUUGUGGAGAAUAUGUAUUUUGGGACCCUAGCUGGGUACUUGGGAAAGGUGACAACAGUCGGUUCUGGGUUGACGAAGCUGUCACCAGGGUGCUUGCGUUUAAUGUCUGGAUCACUUCUGCUCAUAUUUCUUUCCACAGUUGAUGGUGUCCCAGUGUGCCAGUGGGGCAGGUAUGGACCAAACUGCGACAAACUAUGUUCACAUCGCUGCAGACUUCACCCUCGCAGAAACCUUCCACCGUGUGACAAAGAUACUGGAAAGUGUUUAGAAGGAUGUGUUCGUGGUCGUCAUGGUGGCCACUGUGAUCAACUCUGUAGCCAGAACUGUAUCAACACCACGUGCAAUCAACCCAACGGGGAAUGUACUCUCGGGUGUAUAGACGGGUACACUGGGUACUUCUGUAACAUGACAACAGUUUCCACAGUUGAUGGUGUCGCAGUGUGCCAGUGGGGCAGGUAUGGACCGAACUGUGACAAACUAUGUUCACAUCACUGUAGACUUCACCCUCGCAGAAACCUUCCACCGUGUGACAAAGAUACUGGGAAGUGUUUAGAAGGAUGUGUUCGUGGUCGGCAUGGUGACCACUGUGAUCAACUCUGUAGCCAGAACUGUAUCAACACCACGUGCAAUCAACCCAACGGGGGAUGUACACUCGGGUGUACAGACGGGUACACUGGGUACUUCUGUAACAUGACAACAGUUUCCACAGUACAGAGUGGCACAAGAUGUGACUCUGGCCAGUAUGGACCAAACUGUGACCUCCACUGCUCUGAACACUGUGGUCUAUUGCCAGAGACGAACCACCGACCGUGUGACAAAGAUACUGGGAAGUGUUUAGAAGGAUGUGUCCGUGGUCGGCAUGGUGGCCACUGUGAUCAACCCUGUAGCCAGAACUGCAUCAACACCUCGUGCAAUCAACCCAACGGGGGAUGUACCCUCGGGUGUACAGACGGAUACACUGGGUACUUCUGUAACAUGGCAACAGGUGAAGGGCACAUUCCACAGAGUGUAAACGUGAUGUCGGUGUUACCUGCCAUUAUCUUCUUGCUAUUCACGACUAUUUGCUGCUGGAGGAGUGGACGAUGUAGAAGAACUUGCAACAGAUGGUGUGACUGGCUGACCGAAAGGAUCCUUUGGCCAAUCUGGACUGGUCGGAAUCCAGGUGGUCGUGCAACGGGUCUUCUGCCCCCAGGAGAGUCUGAUAUACAGGACUCCACUGAUCCCAGUCAGGGUAGGGGCGAGACGGACCAUCUGCUCCCAGUGGCCAAACCAACGUCUUCUACACACGCGACUCCAUCACAAGCAGACCACGACCUCUACUACGCCAGCAGGAGCGGUGACCUGGAGCAGGUGAGGCGGAUCCUGUCAGCGGGUCACGCGGACAUCAACAGUAGAGGAUGGUGGAGCAGGACACCGGUGAUGGUGGCAGCACGUGAGGGACACGGGGAUGUGGUUGAGCUCCUUGUGAGUCGAGGUGCUGAUGUGUCACUGGUGGACUAUGGCGGUAACAACACCCUUCACUUGGCCUGUGUGGGAGGAGACAGGAAGACAGUGGAGUUUGUCCUGGCUCUGGGCGGGGUGGACGUCAACGCCAGGAACAACGGCGGGCACACAGCGGCCGGCGUGGCGAGAGGCAGGCGACAUCCUCAACUGUCGGAUCUCCUGGUGUCACGUGGUGGACACUGAAGUCAGUGUAGUGUUGGUGUAGACAGUCAUGGAGUACAUGUCAUUACUGACACUGACGUGGUGUGUGACGUUCACGUCAUCGUGUUUUAUAUUUCAGCAUUAAGGUGAGGAUGUUUGACGUAUGUUAGGAAAAUAAAACUUGUGAAACAUU